AAUAAGUUCGCAAACAGCAGCCAAAGUACAAGCUAGCUUAGUGACGAGCCUCGCUUCAGUUUGGUCCGUUAAACCUCCGACAACCCCCUCACUAACCCCCCGGCCACCUGCACGGUAACGUCACAGCAACAUGCUUGACACCAAGACACCACGGAUUAAAGCCAUCAACACCAGUGCUAGUGACGGACUGGAGGGGUUCAAGGCACAUGCUGUGUUCCAGGAGAUCAACAAGAAGCUCCAGGAGGAAGGGGAGCAGUUGGUGAAAAAGAUCGGGGGAGUGUUUGCCUUCAAAGUAAAAGACGGCCCAAAUGGACGGGAGGCGACUUGGCUCGUUGACGUGAAGAACGGCAGAGGCUGCGUUCACAACGACGCAGCUAAGAAAGCCGACUGCACCAUUUCCAUGUCGGAUACAGACCUAUUGGCCGUGAUGACCGGGAAGAUAAACCCACAGACUGCAUUUUUCCAGGGCAAGCUGAAGAUCACAGGGAACAUGGGACUGGCCAUGAAGCUCCAGAGCCUGCAGCUGCAGCCGGGAAAAGCCAAGCUGUAGAAGAGCCGUCGGAGCGAGCGUGUAACUGCACCUCUGUGGAAGUGAACAGAGUUAACCACCAAUAAUUUAAGAUCGGUGAAGGUCUGUGAAGCUUCUCAUCACAGGAACAAGCCACUUUUACCUAUAUAGCUGGAGAACAAUUAGAUGGACUAAUCAUGAAUCCUCUAAUCAAGUACCUCUUAAUAUUCUGUCGGCACACAAGAGGAGAGAAAGGUGCUCCCUACGUCUACACUAAUUCAGUUCAUGUCCAGUUUUCAUUAACUUCCCGAUGUCUGUUGCAAAAAUACAUCUUUCUCUCAGUGUGUCGUGUGUGGAAUUGCUCUGAGACCAGAUUGCUUGUCAUUUUCCGCAAUCAUGGAUAAAACAUUGUAAUUGCCUCCUCGUCUGGGGCUCUCUGUUUGCUCUCAAGUUUUUAGCCAACAACAUAGAAAUGUUUUCCACUGUUUUAACUGAGGGGGUUGUAAUUUCCUGUUGUGAUAUCCUUGUAUGGUUCUCUAAAAGAUUUCUACUAAAUAAAUAUGCGUCUGCUGUCCA